UACAACAUGCCAAGUCGCCCCUUCCCAAUCGGUACAUGGCGCGUCGAGGCUACACCUGGGUACCUAACAACAAGAAGAACUUGACCUUAUACACCCCACCUCCCGCCAACGACACCACAUCGGACGUACCUUCAUAUUCAGGCAACACGGUCGCGCAACUCUCUCAAUACCGUAGAUACCGACAUCAACCCCAUUUAGCUGUCCAAAAUGGCUGGCGGCGGAAAAGGAAAGACUGGAGGCAAGACAGGAGGAAAAGGCGACUCGCACGUAAAGACAACCAAGUCGCACUCUGCUAAAGCCGGUCUCCAAUUCCCCUGCGGUCGCAUAAAGCGUCACCUUCGAACCAUCACGCGCCAGAAGACGCGCAUCGGCGCCAAAGCAAGCAUCUACCUAACCGCAGUCCUCGAAUACCUGACUGCCGAAGUUCUCGAACUCGCAGGCAACGCUGCCAAGGACCUCAAAGUGAAGCGUAUCACACCGCGCCAUCUACAACUUGCUAUCCGAGGCGACGAGGAACUCGACACCCUCAUCCGGGCCACGAUCGCUUUUGGAGGUGUUCUCCCACACAUCAAUCGCGCUCUAUUGCUCAAGGUUGAACAGAAGAAAAAGGGCAUUAAGGCUGUGGAGGCGUAAGCAGACUAUGCGUUUGAACGCGUGGCAAUCUGAAUAGAGGCAACAAAUGGGAAAGUCAGGCAUUAGCUGCAAACGCGUCAGAAAUGCGGCUGCGAAUGGAAAAGGCUUAAGAUGAUCACGGACAUCGCCUUCUUUGGUUUGCGCGUCCUUCGGCACUUGUCAUCCUAUUGCCGGAAAGAUGUUCAUUUUUUGGCUGUGGAAUGUUA